UCCUGGCGCUCUGAUUGGCCGCUGAGCGGCGCUGUAUAUAUAGUGAGCGGCUCCGGGGCUGCAGUCAGAAGUCUGUGCGGACGGAGAAGAUGCGGAGCCUCGUGAUCCUGGGCUCUGUGGCCCUUGUGCUGGUUGUGGCCCCCGCCUGGGCUGAGCUGAAGUCGCCCACUGUGAACGUCUACACCCGGAGGCCCGUGGAGUUUGGGGUGGAGAAUGAACUGAUCUGUCACUGCAGCGGAUUCCACCCACCGCGCAUCACCAUGACCCUGAAGCAGGGAGGGGACGCGAUUAAGGACUUCAAUGAGUCUGACCUGUCCUUUGAACGGGACUGGACAUACCACAAAAUGAUUUACACAAAGUUCGUCCCCAAGGAAGGAGUGGAGUACUCGUGCGAGGUGACCCACAACGAGGGGAGCCCCAAAACCUACAAGCUUGGUGAUUUUUUUUAAAUCGCUUUGAAGCCGCAGAUCCAGAGUCUCCUUCAGCCCCUCCCACCCCCCUGCCUCCGAUCAGCCUAUCCCAUCCCCAAGACUCUGCUACCAGUGGGUUAAUUCUCGUCUUCCUCGUGUGAUCUCUUCUAUGAGAAUUUUUUAAAUAAAAACUAUUUUUCCGUAAUUUAUCUAAUGGCUGCGGUCAUGUGACCCGUUCUCCAGUAUUUCCUGCUUGUAUUAUUAAUCCUGCCAGUUGAUUGGUGUAAAGAAAACCCUGUAACCCCCUGCUGACCCCGCAGCAUUGCCCCAAUCUGUGGCUGUCCAACUUUGUCAGGGCAUGAUGGGAGUUGUAUUUUGACAGCCACAGGUUGGGGAACGCCGUGUCAGUGUGUGAGCAGUAUGUCAGCAGAUUUGCUGAAUCAUUUACAAUAUAUAACAAUGUAACCAGAUUUUACUCUUCAUCAGACUGAGAAUCUUUCCUCGUAAUCCUGUAUGUACCGAUAUAGCAUGUAGAUAGCCCACCCAAUGCUCUGGGAAGGAAGGAGUUAUCAAGACUCCGCCUUAUGUAUAUAUAUAUGGGCGGGGCACUGUGUGGUGUCAGGUGGGUGGUGCACUGUGUGGUGUCAGGUGGGUGGUGCACUGUGUGGCGUCAGGUGGGUGGUGCACAGUGUGGUGUCAGGUGGGCGGUGCACUGUGUGGUGUCAGGUGGGUGGUGCACUGUGUGGUGUCAGGUUGGGGCAGUGCAGUGUGUGGUAUCAGGUGGGAGCGGUGCACUGUGUGGUGUCAGGUGGGUGGUGCACUGUGUGGUGUCAGGUGGGUGGUGCACUGUGUGGUGUCCGGUGGGUGGUGCACUGUGUGGUGUCAGGUGGGUGGUGCACUGUGUGGUGUCAGGUGGGCGGUGCACUGUGUGGUGUCAGGUGGGCGGUGCGCUGUGUGGUGUCAUGUGGGCGGUGCACUGUGUGAUGUCAGUGGUGGGCGGUGCCAGUAAUACCAGGUUCUGUUUUUGGUACAUACAGACACAUUGUACUUUUUACCAAUAAAAUAU